AUGAAUGCAGACCACGUUGCCGAUGGUCCCACGCAUGUGCAUGGCACCGUGGAGAUCCUCUCUGGCGCCGCCCCGAUCGAAAGCGAAAACAUUGGCACUGCUCUUGACAGACUUCAUGACGACACAGAAAAGGCCCCUCUAGAUGUUGACGGGAGAGAGCCAACGGAGGAAGAAAAGGCCACUCUUCGAAAGGUCGCUGGAACCAUUCCAUGGAUUUCCUGGGUACUCUGCGUUGCCGAGGUUGCUGAGCGCGCGAGUUAUUAUGGUGCCAGUCAGGUAUUCAACGACUUUAUGCAGUUUCCUCUUCCUAAGGGUGGCAAUGGAAGCGGUGCCGUUCCAAAGAGCAACCCUAAUGGCCAUGCGGGCGCAUUGAACCAAGGACUUCAGUUUGCUUCGGCGUUUAGCACCCUGUUCACGUUUUUGGCCUAUGUCUUCCCCAUCCUGGGCGCCUAUAUCGCCGACACACGUCUCGGACGCUUCAAGACAAUCAUCCUCGGCGUUGUCAUCGGUGCUGUUGCCCAUGUCAUCAUGAUUGGCGGAGCUGCUCCGUCUCUUCUCAAGGCCGGCAAAGGCCUCGCACCCUUCAUUGUCUCUUUCUUCACCCUGGCCAUCGGUGCCGGUAUCUUCAAGCCCAACGUCGCACCGAUCGUUGCCGACCAAUAUAAAGACCAGCGACAGCUUAUCAAGACGCUCAAAUCAGGAGAAAAGGUCAUUGUUGAUCCGGAAACGACGAUCCAGAGAGUGUUCUUAAUCUUCUACGCCGCGGUAAACGUCGGUGCCUUUUUCGCCAUUGCGACCACGUAUACUGAGAAAUAUGUUGGCUUCUGGUUGUCUUUCCUGCUGCCGGGUAUUGUCUAUUUCCUGCUGCCCUUCCUCUUGCUGAGCAUCUAUAAGAAGAUCAUCAAUAAGAAGCCUCAAGGAUCUGAGAUAGUCAACUUUUUCAAGAUUAUUUGGGCCAGUCUCAGAUAUAAUAAGUUUCAGGUUUGGAAGAAGGAUUUUUGGUCAGCAGCCACUCCAACCAAGCUGUCAGAGCGAGGGGUUCAGGUAGGAUGGACGGACCGAGCUGUGUUGGACGUGCAGCGCACCAUGGAAGCCUGUGUCAUCUUCCUCUAUUUCCCCGUCUAUAAUAUCAACGACGGAGGUGUUGGUGCUGUUCAGUCGAACCAAGGCGCAUCCAUGACGAACAAUGGAGCACCGACCGAUUUGCUUGGCAACUUCAAUCCUCUCGUCAUUAUCGCUGUCGCGCCGGUCCUUUCUCACGGCUUGUAUCCUCUCUUGGCCAGGUAUGGUAUCAAAUUUGGCCCCAUCCGCCGCAUGACGUUUGGCUUCAUGCUCGCAGCCAUCUCCGGUGCUAUUGGUGCCAUUGUCCAGUGGAGAGUGUAUGAGACGAGCCCCUGCGGCUACCAGGCCAGCACAUGCGACGACGUGUCUUCCAUCAACAUCUGGUGGCAGAUUCCCAAUGUUGCUCUCGGUGCCAUUUCCGAGCUUUUCUGUAACGUCACAGCAUACGAGUUGGCGUACUCGCGCUCGCCGCCUCAUCUUAAGUCUGUCGUCUUUGCUCUCUUCUUAUUCACCACCGCCCUGUCGAGCGCUCUCGGCGAGAUUCUGAUCCCGGCUAUUGCCGACCCGCAUUUGAUUUGGGUUUGGGGUGGUCCAGCCAUUGCGCUCUUCGUCCAAACAAUCGUCUUCUGGAUCAGACAUCAUAAACUCGAUGAUGAUGUCUAUAUGCUGGAGCAGGACACACCAACACACUCGCAAGCUCGGUUAAGUCACUCGGACACAGUGGAGGAGAAUGUAGUAAGAGAUGUAGAGAAGGCAUGA